AUGCCUGUACUCAAGAACCUCCCAGUGCGUCUGAAAGGCGGCGGUCCGACUUUUGACAACGCUUGGAUCCUCCGCAGGAUGAGUCUGAACAUCACCCCCCAACAUCACAGCCCCUUUGACGACGAUGACAUCCACGACAAUGGCGGUCACAGCCACCACUGGUCGCCUGGCAGCUCUCUCCUGGAUGGCGACGUGCCGAGGGACCGCAACCCUUUCGAGGACGAAGAAGAUGAAAAUGAAGCUAACGAAGGGAAGAAGGGAAACGGUGGAGGCAGUGGUUCAGCAAAAGGUUCCUUCAAGUUCAAGUCUCCCCUGAAGAGCCUGGGGAAACUGGGAAAGACACUGAGGGCAUCAGCAAAAGGCAAAGGAAAUACUACUCCUUCCCCACAGGGGUCAGGGCAGGACACACCUUCACCUACGGAGAAGAAGAAGAGAGGGAGGAGAAGCUCCGAAGGAAGUCUGCUCAGAUUUGCGGGGAAAUACCGAGACAAGGAGUCCUUCAAUGGUGAGAGCAACUUCACGGGGAGUGAGUGCGACUCCAGCAGCCGCAAAGUGUCUUUCAUGAAGAUGGUCGGCCGGGGGAAGCUGAAAAGGGAAUCGAUGACUGACAACGCGUCGCAGGCGGCAGAUGAGGCGCCGGUGCAGGAGGAGGUGGUGGAGGAGGUGAAGCCCAGAGAACCACUGUCAGUCCUUGAGAUCCUGCAGCUGGUGAAGAAGCGAGACCUGUUCCUGGCAGACUCUCACGUCCUGGAGCUGGAGCAGGAGUGUAAUGAGUCUUCCGCUGCAGAGCAGGGCGCUGUGACGACGCCGGAGGACAGCGUCAGCCCAAGUGUCAAAGGUGGCGGACGCAGAAAGGUGAAGGACGUGGAGCUGCUGUAUGAGGAGCUGCAGAAGGAGCUGUGGGCCGUGGUCAGGGAGUCUCUGCGCUGCCCCACAGCUGGGCCCAAUCUGGGGCUGGUGGUCCAGGUGCUGCAGCAAGAGGAGCAGGCCGACAAAGACUGGGCCGUGAGUGUGGGAGCGGCCCCUGGGGGCCCGAGACCUCGUCAGCUGAAGCAGAAGUGGAAGGAGGCUGUGGAGGAAGCUGCUGAUGGUUCACUGCCUCAGAGAGCAGAGUUCACUGCCGGACAGCUGAACGGGUACCUGGGUCGUCUCAGAGCUAGGGUGGUGGACGACCUGGGAGCUGCCAACAGGAAUGUGGCUUCAAUUUACCCAGAGGAAUACCAGGCCUUCCAGGUCUAUGUGCAGAGUUAUCAUAGUGCAGUUGCUAGGCGACUGGAGGCCAUCACAGACAACCCACUGGAGGUGACAGACAUCUACUCUCUGUUGGAUUGGCUUCACAACAUCUACAACAGGGACGUCCUGGGGACCGUGUGCAUCACAAGUCCAUUCAACAUGUCCCAGCUCAGUCCUCUGCUGCCUGCAGAGACCGUGGACAGACUAGAACUGGACUGUCUGAACUCUGUCAGGGCUAAAGUGACCACAGAACUGAGUCAGGUCCUGGAUGAAGAAGAGAAGAGGUGGAUGGAGAGUCUGCACAUUGAAGAAUAUCACAUCAGUCUGGCCAAGACUGUCAUUCAGAGGCUCCAGGUGGAUUUAGAACGUUCAGCCUCCAUCAACCGCAGUCUCGGCUCCAGAGUGGCUCAGUGCAGUCUGAAUGGCCUGGCUGACUUUCUGUACAGUUUCCAGCGAAAAGUGGAGAUGUUCCAUGACGCCAUGCAGACGGAGACGUUUGGAAACAACGAUGAUGGAUAUGUGUCCAAAACCAUUGCUCUGGUCAACUGUUGUCCUCCAUUCAGAGGAUUUGUGCAGCGUUGUGCCCAGUGUGACCCGUCUGUCAGUGAGGACUCCCUGCAUCGAGCCAACAAAGCUCUGGACCCCAGUGGAGUCAGAGUUCUGUCCGAGAGACUGUUCCUGGCCAUCAGGCCUUUCUUUGAGCGUCUGGUAAAGAGGAAGUGGCUCAAUAACACAGAGCCAUACGAGCAGAUUGAGACUCUGAUCAAAGAUCACUUCAAGAAAUUUCACAGGAUGGACAGUCCUCCGUACCAGUCACUGGUGGCAGAGAUCCACCGCCGCGUGGUGAUGGAAUAUCUCCGCUCCGUCAUGAGAGGUCGAAUCAUCUGCACCUCCGCAAAAAUGAGGAAGAGGAUGGCUGCACGACUCAGGGAUGAAGGCCGACAGAUCAAAGUCCUGUUCAAAGACCUGGAGUCUCCUUCCAGCUGGUUGGACAGCACCCUGUCCCACAUCUCAGAGAUCAUUCAGCUGGAGGAUGUUCCCUCCAUCCAGAUGGAGGUGGGAGUUCUGGUCCGAGAGUUUCCAGAUGUGAGGAAGAAGCACGUGUCGGCCAUUCUGAACAUUCGAGGACUGACUCGUCAGAGGGAGCGUCAGGAGAUCCUCAACAUCGUCAAGGACAUCGAGAGCAGCGAUGGCGGCAGCAGCCUAGCGCAGAUGUCACGUGACCGCGCCCUUUUCUCCGAGGUGCCGGUCACCUCCGAGGCCCACUGCCUGAACCUGGGCAUGAGUCGCAUCGCCCUCACGGCGUCAUCCUGCUUCUCCUCGCUGCGACCACGCCGCCCAAAAACCAGAACACCUGUCCAGGAAAACCCAGACGAGGUUCUUUGAAGAACCUGAUCUCAGGGUUCUGGUCAAGACGCCUCUGAAGCUAAAACUGUAACUGGAAUUUUAACAUUCAAUGCUGGAGAAAUCCACCAGUACUGUGACCAGUUUCUCUUUUAGGAAAAGUUUUGAAAACUUAAUCAGGUUAAUGUCCUGAUUCUCUCAGUUAGGGAAAAUCAUGGAGGAUCCGUUAGCUUCGUACUGGACGUGUUUGACUCUGCAGGUCUGUGAGCAGGUUUUGUAGUCCACUUACACACCAGUAGGAGAACAAAGCUUCAAGUUUUAAGAUCCGAGGAGGUCUAACUGUUCAACACAUCAAAACUAAACCAAAUGUCCUUUCUUAAAUCUAAAAAAAACAACCAAAAAACUAGAAUGUAGAAUUUAAGGAAAAACCCAGGACAUUGGACUGUUCAGAAUCUCAUUUGGAUUUUGAAUUCCUAACUUGGAAUGGACCUUGAUCUCAUGUCUUCUUUUUGGAUUCCAAGACCUGAAAAGACUUUCAGUUUCAGGAACUUGUGAUACUAGUAAUGAUUUUUGCACAUGGUUUAAUCAAAGGUACUAUGGUAAGAUUUGAGUUUCCUUCCGUUGAUUGUGUAUUUAAAGCUCAUUGAUCAUAAUGUAAGCCAGUGAUUCCCAACCACUGUGCCGCGGUCCAUUAGUUUGUCUUAAAAGAUCAUCAUGUACUUUGUGACCUUUUUUUGAAAGAAAGGUUGGGAAACACUGGUUUAAGCAUUAGGAGUGUUUAUGUGUGUGUUUAUGUGUGUGUGUGGGGGGGUAUUCUACAGAGAUAUAAACAACUGUAUUUAGAUUAUCAUCAGUAAUAGUUUCAUCAGCACUUCUGUCUCACAGACAGAACGUUUGACAUACUGUCGAACAAUACCUUGAUAUUUGAAAUAAAUUGAGUUUUGUCUUUAAUUCA